AUGUCAAGUUCUGGACUAGACCACAGUAUGUCAGGUCAGUCAACUAGCUUAGUAAAACGUCGAGCUGUGCUAAAAAUGGUAAUUGCAAUACGGUACAAUAUUCUAUAUCCUCUUAAUCAAAAACACAUGGUUUCCCUUUUAUAA